CUGCAACCCAAAACUUCGAAUCUCGAAUUUCGAACCCAAACCUCACCACCAAACACCACAACCAACCAAGAUGACAGCCUCAAUCCCCCUCAAGAUCAAGAACGAAUACUACAUACUACCACUAGCUCUCCCCGCAACCCCCUCCGGCGCCCCAGAAGCAACCCACAUCCUCUACCUCCGGCGUCACCAACCGCGCAUCCCCACACCCAACGACAGCCGCACGCUCUUCGUCUCGAACCUUCCCGCCGACGCCACAGAUGCGCACCUGCGCACCCUCCUCUCGUCACUCGGCGGCGGCCGCAUAGAAUCCGUCAGCUUCAGCACCGACGCCGCCGCCCCUCCACCCCCCGCGCCCGCCGCUCCCACCACCAUCGACUCCAGCACCAAGAAGCGCAAGCGCGCGAUCACCUCCGGAGGCGGCGAAGCCGCCGCGCUCGCCGCAGCCGCAGAGAUCAGGACGUGGGACCGGGCGCUGCAGCGCAGCGGCGCGAACGGGCUCGCGGUAUUCGUUGACGACGCCAGCUGCGCGGGCGCGCUGCGGGCGAUCGAGAAGCUGCGGCGGAAGUCGAAGACCGCGGCGGCACUGCCGGUGUGGGGCGAGGGCGUGGCCGGUGUUCCAGAGCUGGGGAUCGCGAGGUAUGCCGCGCAUCAUAGGCUGAGGUUCCCGGCGUCGGCGAGGCUGCAGGCGAGCGCGGACGCGUUUGUGGCUGCGUUUGGGGAGGCGGAGGAGGUGGCGAAACAACAGGCGGCCAAGAGGAGGAGUGUCGUCGAUGAGGAUGGGUUUGUUACUGUUACGAGGGGCGGCAGGGUUAAGCCUGCGACGCAAGAGGCGGCCAAGGCGGUAUUGGAUGAGAAGGAGAAGAGGAAGGGGGAGCUUAAGGGCUUUUAUAGGUUCCAGAUUAGAGAGGAGAAGAAGACGCGGCAGAACGAGCUGUUGGCGAAGUUUGAGGAGGACAGGAAACGCGUUGAGGAGAGGAAGAAGGGGAGGAAGUUUAGGCCC